AUGGAACAAACAGAAGCAUUAUCAAAAAUUUAUAAGGCUGCUUAUGCACCUUUUUUUGGAAUUAUGCUCUAUACAGCUCUCGACUUAAACCUCCCCUCACUUCUUCAGCAACCAAAAACUGUUUCUGAACUUGCAGAACUGACAUCAGCUCUUCCCAAUAAACUCGAUCGUCUUCUUAUGGCACUAGAAGUUGAUGGCUAUUUCAGUUUUAACCCAGAAACAAAUCAAUGGUCAAACAGUCCAACCACAGCUGUCUUAACAGAAGAGUCCUUGAAAAGACUAAUAAAAUAUUUAUUUUGGCCUUUUAAAUAUGACAUUUUAUGUUCCUUCCCAGAAUGGGUCAAAUCUGAAAAAUCAUGCCCAGAACUGCGAUUUGGCUGCCAUUAUUAUGAAGGCUUUAAAAAUAACCCUGAGCUCUUAAAAACAUUUCAAGGUGGAAUGCAAAGUAUGACAACUGUCUGAAACAGUGGGUCAAAAGAUAUAGGAGUUGGUGACUGUGAGCGUGUCUUAGAGAUCGCAGGAGGUAAUGGUAGCUUUAUGAUACAUUUUGCCAGCCAGUACCCUAAAAUGAUAGCAACUGUUUUAGAGCGUCCUGAAGUCGUCCCUAUUUGCAGGAGAAAUAUAGAAAACCAUAAUUUGCAAGACAGAAUUUCUGUUAUAGAAGGAGACAUGUUUGAAAAUGUCCCGUCAGGCUAUGAUUGUAUCAUAAUAAAACAUGCACUUAUUGAUUGGGAAAAUGAUAAAGUCAAAACUGUUCUGGCGAAUAUUAGGUCGGCGUUAAAUGUAGGAGGGAAACUUAAGUGGUUUGAUGUUUUUGGAGGGAGAAAUACUAGGAAUUAUUUUUGGAGCAGGGUUAUGGAUAUGCAUUUAGGGACUAUUUUGAAUGGGAGAGUAAGAACAUUAGAAGAAGUGGAAAAACUGCUUACAGAAAGCGGGUUUAGGAUGGAAAACAUUGAAAUUUUUACUCGAGAUGAGUUUGUUAAUGAAGAGAUGGAGAUAAACCCUGAAGCCUCUGAGUAUAUUGCACAUGCAGUGGCUAUAUAA